AUGUCAACUACGUUCCGUCCCAAGAGAGUAGCACCUUCUGCAGUUAACACUCCAACAGCCGUACAUAUAAAAUCUAACUCUAGCUUGGAUAAUGAAGGCGCUGAAUUGAUUUUAUCUGAAUUUAUUCGUGCCAGUGAGGGUAUAUCGAAUGGUUUGGUUGGUGGAAAUACCGAAAUUAAUAGUAACAAUUCUACCGGAUUAUCAGAUGCAGUAGGAAAUAGUGCCGUAUUAAGUCAAUUAAGGAGAGUCCAAAGAGAUUUAAGAGGGUUGCCUCCAUUAUUAGUUGAGUCAACUCCACAACCUCCUGCAUCUUCAUCUAAUAAGAGAAUCAAGUUCGAUGACAUCGAUGAGGUAGCGGAACCACAAAAUAAAAAGAUUAAGUUUGACGACAUCGAAGAAAACGUAGAAGAAAAGGUAGUAGAAGAUGAAGAUGAAGAAGAAGAACAACAAAUUGUAGUGGAAGAUGAAGAAGAUAAAGAAGAGGAACAAGAAGAGGAAGAAGCUGUAGCUGAGAAGAAGGAAAAGAAGUCAAAGAAGGAAAAGAAAGAAAAGAAGGAAAAGAAGGAGAAAAAGGAAAAGAAGGAGAAGAAGGAAAAGAAAUAA